AGAAAAUGGACCUUAACUCACAUGAUAUUCGAGAAGUAUUCAACAUAAUUCUCAAAUUAUCUGAAAAUCCUGAUAGCCAGACAAUAAACCUGAAAGAUUUUAAGAAACUAAUUAAUUUGUACGAAGUUCAGCUGCACAAAGGAAUGAAACUCACUGACCAUGAGUUUCAUGAAAGCUGAAGACAGCUGUUCUUCCAGUUGUGCCAGAAGUACAGUGCUAGCAAGUAUCACACGAUUGGGCCUACCUCAGGGAAGAGCCGGCUCAAGAGCCCUUCCAAAGAGUUAUCGAAAACCUUAAAGUUUUCGAUUUGGAAGAACAAUUUACCCAAAUCUUCUUCCGUCGGGAGGAAGGAGUGGGUCCAAUCAGCUUCCUUGCUCGGUAAAGCUAACUCUUCAAAGGAUCAGACCCUAACUUCUUUACAGAAGUUAAGGGAUGAUCGGAAGAAGGCUAAGCAGUCCUCAAUGAUAGAGGACUCUGAAGAACCCAAAGAGAUAGAGCACGAGAUGGUAGAGGAAGAUAAACUUGACUUCGCCACUUUUAAAGCAAAUUACACUGAAUUUGUCACCGUCAGAACUCUAGUUCAAAUUAUUCAUGAAGUUGGGCUGAAGGAACUGACUGAAACUAAUGAUACUCCAAAGAACCCAAUCGAGGAUUUAGCCGAGCCCAAAGUUUUCUUGGAUGAGAAUUUAGAUGCAUCCGAGGAAAUAGAUGAUGUUGAUGAAUAUGAAAACGAAGCUCGCGCACAAGCAAGUAGAACUAUAGAAAUGAAAAGUAAGAAUCAUAUCUAUGUACAAAAUCCUCUUAUCCGUAACUCUCAAUCUCGAAGGAAGUGGAGUAAGGAUGAAGCAGUUAUUCAAGGGAAAUCCUUCUUAAAAGAUAUUGGAAAUGUUGAAGGCCUCCAAGACACUAUUCAAGUUGUUAUGACAGAUCCUUUAGAAAGUAAAGGACCCGCACAGAACUAUAACAAUGAAGUUGAGUUAUAUGUAGAGGAGAUCGUCGAAGAUAAGGAUAUCAGCUGGAAUGACUCUCCUCACAAGCAAGUCAAUCAAAACAUAGAAGAAGUAUUUAUUUCUGAUGAUAAAAAUAUACAGAAACCUUUACGCCUGAGUGCAGUAAAGCUCACAGACCAAGACCAGGAAGAUCUGAGUAAGAGACUCAGCAUUCAAUCAAGUUCAUCUCAGAAAGAUCAACAAAACAAGAAGAAGAAUAGUUCUCAUUACAAAGAAAAAUAUUCUAUCGUAGCUGAAGUGGCAGGUAAGAUACUUUCUCAAGAUAUAGAAGUAGAACCCCUCAAAGACCCAAUCCAAAUGAUUCCUUAUGAAGAGGAACAAGGAGAGAUCGUACUCCCAACGCGGAAGCAAUAUAAAGAUAAAAUCUCUCCUAAGAGGGGUGGCAAAAAGAACCAAGCUGGGUGCUGAGGAACUUCAAAUUGUGUGAUAUUUUAGUCUUUCAUAA